GUUCCUGGGGCUGGAGUGGGACACAGAGGGCUCCCCGCCCCGGCUGUGCCCCUGGGGCGGGUGUGUCUGUGAGGGAGCAGUGAUGCCGUGCCCAGCACUCAAACCCGUGACUACUGGCAAGCUGUGCCCAGCUGUGGCCCCGCUGUGCUGCUGCUCCUUGUGCUUUUGGUCAAUUAUGAAACAGCGGCUGAGCAGGAGCCGGAGUGUGCCCAGGAAGGCCAGUGGCAUCCUGUCUGGCCUGCAUCAGGAACAGUGUGGCCAGCAGGAUCUGGGCAGUGAUUGUCCCCUGCACUUGGCACUGGUGAGGUGCAUCUUGAGUGCUGUGUCCAGCUGUGGGCCCCUCUGUUCAGGAAGGACAUUGAAGUGCUGGGAUGUACCCAGAGAAGGGUCUGGAGCACAGGUCCCAUGAGGGGCGGCUGAGGGGCUGGGGGUGUUUAGCCUGGAGGAGGCUCCAGGGUGACCUUAUUCUGCUCUACGGCUCCCUGACAGGAGGGCUGUGCUCCCAGGCCGUAACAGGACGAGGGAAUAUACUCGUAGGACUCAUACUCUCCAACUGUGCUGGGGGAGUUCAGGAUGGGCACCCGGAGGAAUCCACAGAAAGGGUGAUUAGACACUGGAAUGGAUUGCCCGGGUGGUGGUGGAGGCACUUAAGGACAGACUGGCCGCGGUGUGGCUGACACGGCGGUGCUGGCCGCGGGUGGGCCCGGUGAGGCGGCCUCACUCCAGCCCCAUUGAUCCCGCGAGCCUCAGCCCGCGGAGGGCGCUGCGCAUGCGCGCCGGGCUCCCGCUGCGGAGCCUCGUCCGCGCGCCGCGCGCCCCCUGCUGGGCGGCGUGAGGGGCCGGGGCCGCCAUGGUGGCGCGGGCGCUGUGGGCGCUGCUGGCGGCGCUGCGGGCGGGCUGGUGCCUCCUGCCGCAGAGCGGGUACCUCCAUCCCGACGAGUUCUUCCAGGCGCCCGAGGUCAUGGCAGGAGAUAUUUUAAACCUUCAGGUCUAUUAUCCAUGGGAGUUCCUUUCCAGCUCUCCUUGCAGAACAGUUGUUUUCCCAUUAAUGACAUCAGGAGUUAUGUACUGGCUGAUCAAAUCUUUGCAGCAGUUGGACAUAUGUUCAAGUUGCAUCAACAGCUACACUCUCCUUGUAUCUCCUCGCCUGCUCUUUACAAUCUUUUCUUUCAUACUCGACUAUAGUGUUUAUCGAUUGGCCUCUUUCUGGGAAGCAGAUCCAUGGAAAGCGCUGGUACUUCUUGCUGGAUCGUAUGUCACGCUGGUGUUUUAUACAAGAACAUUUACCAACACACUCGAAGGACUUCUCUUUGCUCUUCUCAUGGUACUGGUUUCUUCAAGGAAGUCCAGUGGCAGCUCAGCAGAGCCUACAAGCAGCUCUCUCAUAGGCAUCGUAACAACUGCUGGGUUUUUCAACAGGCCAACCUUUCUGGCAUUUGCUCUAAUGCCCCUGCUUUACUGGGCUGGUUUAAUUGUUGACUCUCAAAAGAGCAUUAAAACUCUCAUAAACCACUUUUUGAAGUUUAUCCUAUGUGCAUGUUUUACCGCUUUUGUUUUCAUAACUGCUGACACCUUCUAUUUUACCUCUGUGAGCUUAGACAACCUCUACAGCACUAACAAGAGCAACCUAAUUGAAGCAAUAGUUCAAUUACAUGACAAAAUGGUAAUAACCCCCUUCAAUUUUCUCAGCUAUAAUCUUAAUCCUCAUAAUCUUGCACUGCAUGGAAGUCACCCACGAGUUACACAUUUUACAGUCAAUGGACUAAUGUUGUUUGGGAUCUUACAUAUUCUGGCCAUUGGUGCUGGCUUUAAAAUGCUUAAGAAAUAUAUCUGUCACUUAAUGCUGGUCAGAUGGUGUUACCGUGGGCUGCCUGGGCUGUUGGUGCAUCCUGAGGGCAGUCCAACAUUGCUGCUGUUUUAUUUUGUUCCUCUGGCAUUUCUCUCCCUGUUCAGUCACCAGGAGCCUCGGUUUCUCAUCCCUCUCAUCCUGCCGUUGGUGCUGUUCAGUGCAUCACCAAACAGAGUUGUGAAAUGGAAACUCCUCAUUGUUCUGUUCAACCUUCUGGGGGCACUUCUGUUUGGGUGCUUACACCAGGGAGGGCUCAUUCCCUGUUUGUUUCACUUGGAGCAGCUCAUCCAUUCCCCAGCGUCCUCAAGCCACCCGCAGCACUACACUCUGCUCUUUGCACACACCUACAUGCCUCCAAGGUCUCUGCUCAAUAUCAAGAAGACAGAUGCGCAUGUGGAAGUCAUUGACAUGGCUGGGGCUGGAGAAGAAGCCCUCUGCCAGACAGUAGAGCAGCGAGCAAGCAACUUUACCUGCAGUGACUGUCAUAUCUUUAUUAUAAUCCCUGGUACAGUCAGAGACACAAUUACAAAAUGUGGUGUCCCAUUCAAGAACGAGACUUUGAUAUUUCCUCACUUAUCAAUGGAAGACCCACCACAAAUAUCUGUCCUAUCCAGUGGAAAUUGGAGGAGUCAGUUAGGACUUUACAUACUUGAACUAAACAGAGAUCAUCAGAGCCUUUAGAACACAGUUUUAGUCUUUUACUUCAUUUGGGUGCUGUCUGAUGGUGGUGUGGGACCUUCCUCUUUUGUACACCUUCCUUUCAGUACCAGCAGUGGUACUAGGAGCUCUCCCAUGUCUCUUUAUUCCCACUCCUCACACUCUUAGGGUAGGGUAGUUCUGAAUAGAAGCUGCUUAAAACUUGAAUUACUCAGCCCUGUGGUGUUUCAUAUGAACUUUCGCAGUUCUCCUGAUGAGAGAGGAUGAAAUCAGAGCCGACCAAAAUUGUGAUUGAAGCUUAGCUAUUUCCGUGUGAGUUUUACUUUUGAAAGCUCUUAUAAUCUCUGACAGCAUUUGGGGACUGUGGGGUGUUUACUGAUAAGAGGCAUUAAUUCAGCUGCUGGAGAGAGGUUACAGGGUUAGUCAAAAGCUGGUCUGACUCAGUAAUCUUUUAUGUUCUUUAAAAUUCAUUAGACCAGACUGCAGUCACAGUACUGUACCACUGACUUGGGUGGGUCCACCGUGAAAAAUCCCCAGCGUUGAUCUGGCAGAAUCUGAUUUAGAACAUGGAGGAUGCUUCAGCCUAAGUACUUGUGCUAAAUCCUAAAAUCCAAGCUUUGCCUGUUUAGCCUUCCUUGCCACAGUUCCAUCCUCGUGAACGUGCUAGCCACGUACCGCCCCGGGCAGCCCGGGAGGGCAGCGCUGGGAAGGCAUUUAGCGUGCGCGGUGUUCCGCGGCUGCAGCUCGGGCACUCCCUCCCUUGCGCGCUCCUGCCGCUCGUCCCGCAGCUGCCGCUGCUCUGUCACGACUGUCACCCCGGCAGAGCGCACAGCAGGUCCUACGGGAGCUGCAUCGAGGAGCUGUGCAGACAGAAAGCGGUAAUGGCACUUCGUGCCAGUGGACCAGAAGCAUCUCUGAACGGGCUCAGCACAGGGUCAGAGAUCCCCCGGUUCUGCUGCCGUGGAGGGAAGGCAGCACCGAGGGAGGAGCCGCAUCCCCUGCGCUCCCUCCCUGUGCACUAACUGCUUCCUGUUAAAUCAGCUCAGUGGGAAUGACAGCUCAUAUCCUGGCUUUCCACUGGAGAGCAGUCUCUUUUAAAACUGGACACCAUAACUGGGCUUCAGCUACAAUCUGUAGUUUUGCCUAUGAGAACUGGAUCCCAAAAACCUCCUGACGUGGCACAUGCAUUGUAGAUCAACCUCUCUGAAACAAAUCUGACACUUGAAUUAUUUCUGCUCACAAAGGUGAUAAUGCUUUUGGCAGUUCUUCACCCACACAACCUUACAUAAUGUCUUAAGACCCAGGUUUUCAACAGAGACAAGAAUGAUACAGAUUGAUGUCAAGCUCCAAGGACAAUCUAGGAAAAAUGAAUGUGUGACUGCAUUUUCCAAACUAUAGGUAUGACCUAGAUGUUUAGGGAACAUUGGUCUUGUUCUAUUGUAAAGCAUUUUGUCUUGUGUUCUCUGUAUGUUCAUCCCACAUCCUUUAUUCCUCACUGCUGGUCUGCCUGUAAAUUAAAGAUGAGUGUUUAGGGGAGGCAGGGGGAGAGAAGGGGCCUGUCUGUACUUGUGACUCACAAAGUCAUGUAAGUAGCUGUAAAAGCAUCAUGACAGCAAAUGUAUUUUGCAAGUUAAUUUUCUUUUUGCUCUCUUACACAACAGUGUGCCACAUCUGGUACUCCAUGUCCUGCUUUCCAUUUUCAGUUUUCUUAACUUAAAUCUUGAACAUUAUUUUCAUAAAAUUUACGAAUUCUGUCACUCUGAGUGGGGUACAUCUUGAACCUCGUGGAGGAUGUAAUGGAACACCAAUCCCAUGGGAUGAUGACUUCUACCACUGCACAGGUAACCUGCAGAGUCAGCAAGAGAACCUGGACUACAGAUACCAGCUCAGAUUAACAAUAUACUGCUUUUGUCUUGCCAGCCAGACCUUUGAGUUUACACUGUAGAUGCUGUUUCUCCAUCCAUGCACACCUGGCUUUGCUGCUGGAGGUUUAGUUUUGCCAGUGAUGCAGGAAACUGUAUCUCAGACCACGUUCUUCUCACCUGUGAUGAUACAAGGAAUGAAAUGACCCUCCCCAGUUAACAGAGCCUCUACUCAGCUGGAUCAAGCAGUGAAACAUGCUCUGAAGGAAGGUUAACUGCUGUAGUGUCAUAGAAGUCAUCAGACCGGCAUCUUAAGCAAACCUGCCCAAUGCAUUACACAUGAUAGAUGCAUCCUUUUCCAUUAUGUAUCUGUAUUUCCAUUUUUAUGUAGGGUGGCUGUAUAGUUCAUUUUUUCCCUGUAAAUCUUCUUUGCUACAAUAGACUUGAGGUGUGCUUUUAGGAUAGCUACUGAAUCCCUUUUACCUUCCUGUAAGAUAUGCCUUAUCCUGUACAUCAUCAUCAACACUUAAAACCCUUUUUGUAACAAAGCUGUAUCAAAUAUAGAGUAUUACUCCUGUCUACACAGACAUUGUUACAGAU